AUGGCCGAUUCGGACUCUAUGGAAAUAACUUUAGAUGUGGCCACCGAAGCGAACCCCAGUGAAAAUAUGGGAGAUAAUUCGGAGCAGGAGGAACAGAACAUGAGCAGAGUAACAAAGCGGCAGUCCAGUGCAUUUAGCGGCAAAGUGAUGAGUCAGCUGAUAGAAAUGCAGUGUCGCGAUGAUAUGGCAUUUCUUCAUAGCAAAAAGAUGCGUAAUCUGAUCAAAAUGCUGGAAAGUUCAUCAGCUGAUGAUUAUCAAUUUCGUGGCAACGAAAAGAUGCAUGAACUGAUGGAAAAGCAGUUCUUUUCAUCGGCUGAUGAUAUGCCAUUUUUUGAAAUAGGGUACAUAUUAUGUGUUAUAAGUUGUACGAGGCGGUUUCUGAUAAAAACGCAGAUGUUGAUAGAUUUGUUUAUGUACUGGAGCAAGUUUGUGCAGAAAAUAAAGUUGAUGUGGCCUCCAUUUUCAACCAUGUCACUCCCACAGACAAAUAUGAAAGGUGAUACUCCACUUCAUGUUGCUGCCAGAGCUAAGAAUCUUCUCGCGAUUAAGAACAUUCUCGACUUGGAUAAACAUUUCAUGACAUCUGAGGAGGUGGAAUCUAUAGAUAAAAUGCAGUUUAUUAUGUUACGCAACAAGUAUGGGAGGACAGCUUUGCACGAAGCUGUUUUGAAUAAGGAUUAUUCUAUGGUUCUGUUCCUUUUAGUUGCACACAAGCGAAGUGACCUGGCCACCUAUUGGACUUGGAACUAUUAUUAUGGUUGUAAAUCACCAAUGUAUUUAGCAGUUCUGGUAAGGGCUGAUGAUAUUCUUUAUCUUCUCUUGAGGUUAAUUCCAAUCCCCUCGGGCAAGCCUAUUUCAAAUGGCGACUCUCCUCUACAUGCUGCUUUAUCAGAACGAAAUAAGGACCUAUUGAAGAUGAUCGUUGAUACAGAGAAAGAGCUAUUGUAUCAAAGAGGUGAGAACAACAACACUCCCCUUUAUUAUGCAGCAUACGCUGGUUACAUGGAAGGAGUUUGUAUAAUGUUAGAAACAUCUUCCAUGAUUGCUUUUCAACGAAACUCAAAUGGCAAUCUUCCAAUUCAUCUCGCCUGUGAAAAGGGCAAUGUUAAAGUGGUCAAAAAGUUGCUUGAAAUGGAUUGGUCCAAUGCUGGAGUUUUCUUGAAUAAGGAAGGUUUCACAGCUCGAGAUGUUGUUCGGAUGAAGAGUAAGCAUCCAACGACACGUAGUAGAGAGUACCUAGCAAAUGCAAUUUUAGAUUGUGCUGAUGUGGGCCUGAAGGCAAAUAUGCUGGGCGUGCCGCACAAUACAUACACCAACGAGUGGAAUGUGAAGGAUGCAGCCAAUUCACUCGCACUUAUGGCCGUACUAAUAGCCACAGUGACAUUUACGGCUGGUUUCACGGUACCGGGUGGGUUCUACUCAUCAGAUGGCCCGAUCACAAAGCAAAGAGGCUUAGCACUUUUGGCUGAUCAAACACUAUUCAGGAUAUUCAUGGUUUUUAACACUAUUGCUAUGUAUAGCUCCACCAUUGGUUCUGUCAUUCUUCUAUGGGUCCCACUUGGAGAUUUUCGUUUUGCAAGAAUAGCAUAUGAACAUGCCAAGUUCUUUGUUGAUGUGGCCCUUGUAGCAAUGCCCAUUGCGUUUCUAGCAGCUAUACGCUUGAUUGUGAGCAAUAACACUUUGCUUGCAGUUGUCACAAGUGUCAUUGGAUUCAUCUCCAUUUUCUUCAUCAUAUUUAUUCGUAUGUUAGGAUUGUUGUCACUUAGAAUUCGUGAUCCCAAAUUUCGUCCUAUUUCAGGCUUAGUUAUUAGGAUCAUUAUUGUUAUAUUAUAA